AUGAUUUUACUUCCUGCGGAUUGUCUCAGAGAAAUAUUUCGACAUUUCGAACAUGAUCAUAAAAUACAUGAUUUACAUUCAUGUUUAUUAGUUAAUAGAAUGUGGUGUGAUAUCACGAUACCAAUUUUAUGGAAAAACCCAAUUGGAAUUGAUUGGGAAAAUAAAGGUACUGAAAAUUUAUUCGGUUGGAAUAAUAUCAGGACUAACGAAUUCUGGGAAAGAUUUGCAAGGACAAUAUUAACUUGUUUACCUAUUGAAUCCAAAAAUUUAUUAAAGAAAUAUAAUAUUAGAUUAAAAAUUAAAAUUCCUGAAUAUUCAAUUUUUAACUAUGUUGAAUACGUUCAAUAUAUAUCUUAUCGUAUAAUUUUAAGAUGUAUAGAAGAAAUAUUAGUUAAUAAAAUUGAUAAUGAUGGAAAUAUUUUAGAAAAUGAAAUUUGGAAAAUGUUUAUGAAUAAAAGUUCAAUUAUCAAAUAUCUUGAACCUACAUAUAUUCCAAUUUAUUAUUUUCCUGGUGGGAAAACAUCUUUACAAAAUCUUAUAGAAUUAGAAUGUUCUACAAAUGUUUCCUCAAAAAUUUAUUUUGAUCUCUCUCAAAUAUGUCAUAAUAUUCAAAGGUUGAGUAUUGAAAUAUGUGAAACAAAUACAAUAAAUGAUAAUCCUGGAUUAUUAUCAUUAAUAGAAUCACAAAAUAGCUUGAAAGAGAUGAGAUUUACCUCUUUUAAUCAAACAUUUACCAAAUUAGGAGAAGUUAUAAUCAAACAAGUUGAUACGUUAAUAUCAUUAUAUUUCAUCGAUUUUGUUUGUAUCCCUAUUGAAUCAUUAAAUCAACUUUAUAAUAUAAAAAAACUUUAUAUUUGUUUUCCUUAUGGGUAUAAUUUUCAAUUAUUAAAAUUUAUAAACCUUCCAAGGGUUGAAAUAAUAAAUAUACAAGGUGGAAAUGGAAGAAAUUAUGGAGAUAUAUCAUUAUUUAAAGAAUAUGGUCAAAUAAUUGAAAAAACUCAAGGUAUGAUUCGAGAAAUAUAUGUUGAUAUUGAUGGAUGGCCAGAAGAAGAAGGAAUGAUACUUUAUUAUAUAAAAUCAUUAACUAAAAAUUGUCCAAUGUUAGAAAAGGCGAAAAUUUGGUUCAUUGAAGGUCAUUUGGAAAUUUUUGAAGAAUUUUUAAUUUCUUGUAAACAUUUAAAAACAUUAAUAAUUGAAUUCACAUCCUUUACUGGAUUUUGGAAUGCUAUUGAAGUGAGCCCUUUAUUUAAUAUUUUAGCUAAUAAAACUAAAAAUUUGAAUGAACUUACUUUUAUUGGAAUUAUAAAUUAUUCAUCAGAGGAUUUAAUUAAAUUUUUAGAAAGUUGGAGAAGUAAAAAAAAUUUAUUUAUAGCAUUUGAUCGUAAUUCUAAUUUAGCACAACAUCUUGAUAUAUUUGAAUCUUUUAAAUUAGAAGGAGUUUUAAGAGGUUGGGAAAUUUUAAAUGAAGAUACUGAUAAUAAUAGUAGGACUCAACAGAAUGAUGAUUAUUAUGAUGAUGACAUAUUUGAUAUUUGUUAUUGAGGUAUCAUUUAUAACGAUAUAAAGUUUUUUUUAUUUAUCCCUUAAAAAUAUACACUAUAAUUGUUCUAAUACAUAUUUCAAUUUUCUCUAAACCCAAACCCGCAACCCCCCCCCCCUGGCGAUCAAAUAAAUGUAUUUAAUAAAGAUAAUUAUAUUAAGUACCGAUAAAUUGUUCGAAAAAAAAAA